AUGCAGCAACCUAAUUUGCUGUCGAGCUUUGCGUUGCUCGCGCUUAUCGCCGCUCCUUCCGCUGCCUCGGAGGAAACUAAACAAACCAUUACUGUUCCAUGGGUUGGAUAUGAGGGAUACGCCCCGAAUUACUUCAAAGACUACGAGGUAUGGGAGGCUGGCUCGGAUGGUGAGAAAACAACCUACACGAUCGCCUGUCCUUCCAACGUGACAUCCUGCAUCGAUUUCCAACCGUACCCAAUGACAGUCGUCAUUGCGCCAAACUCAUAUAAUGUCCAAUUGGACGCGGUCUGGUCAACCUCAAGCUCUGGCUGCACAUUUUCCGCCGGCCCAACCCCUACAGCCGCGUCGUGCUCUUACACAGAGUCGUAUAACUUUGGAACUCGCACUCACACGACAACUGACAGCUACCACGUUCCGGAUGAGUCGGUUUUUGAAACCAUUGUGUCGGAAACUUUGGUCAUUGCGGGUACCGGACAUGCUACUACUACCGACUCAGUCUCUUCGACUGCAAUUGUGACUGCCGCUAUCGCUAGCGGAGGCUCUGAAACCUCGAGCGCUUCAGUCGGUGCAAGUGCGUCGCAGGGCAGCACCGCGAGCACGAAUGUUGCCUCUACUACUACUUCCAGUAAUUUUGCAGUCAAGACUCCUGCACGUUUGGUGUUGCCUGCCGUUGGUGGGUGGAUUGCCGGGGCUGCGUUGCAGAUUUAA